CUUCAGAACUCGCUUCUCGCAUUAAUCACGUCGGGAAACGAAAUGUACGAAUUCUUCAAACGCAAUUCGGACAAAUGGAACAUCAUAGAUUUUCUAAACGAAUGUUAUAUGGAACCGUUCGAACGAAAGAUAUAUCAAUACCUUAGAUGUCUUGAUACAAUUGCUGGCCGUGAUAAAGGCAAGAGGAAGGAAAGAGCUGAGACACUUCUUAAUAGAUACAGAGAGGCAAGCCACUCGCCAAGCUACAAAACCAAUGCUGGGGCACAGGAUCCUCAAACAGAUCGAAAAAAAGCGAGAAAGUGGGAGAAAGAACGUUCAAGCAAACAAGUUCACCUACACCAGCCAACGUUUGUGGAUGGGACUGCCAUAACCAAUGGAACUAAUAAUGGAACUAUAAAUGGAACAGAAACAUUCAUCAAAAGAGAUUCUUCUUCAAUCGGAAGAACGUUGAGAAGAAGAAACCAAGUAAACUAUGCCGAAAGCUCAUUAGAAGAGGAGACGGAUUCAGAUUAUGAGAAUAAACCAAAGAGAGUGAAAAAAGAAUCCACUCAAUCUUUGGAUAGAUCUUCAAAUUCCCUCCCGAACUUAUCAGAUGAUAACGAGAGUGAUGUGAGCGAGAGUGAUGAAAGGGAGAGUGAAGCAAUUAUUAUCAAAUUGGGUAGAUUAAAAAAACGACUAGAAUCUCAAUCAAGAAAUGAGUGGAUCGUAGGCACAAUUAAUGUGUCAAAAAAGUUUAAAGAAUACCAAAUGCAGUUAAUCGAUAACGUAAUAGAGGGUAAAGUAAAAUUAGCAUGGAAUGACAAAGCACUUACAUCAAUAAUAGUAUUGGUUAAACAAUGCCCAUAUUCUACGUUUACCUCUUAUGAAUGGAAACAAGUAGUUAAUGCCAAUCCUUACAUUAUCAAGGAAUCAGUUUGGGCCAACUCUUUUGCAUCUUCGUUAUCUGAAGCAUGCAAUAACAUUGCAAUAGGAUUAGAUGAUAAUUUCAUAUCAAAUGGAGAAAGUGAUCUUAGUAAAAAAGCUAGCAGAGUAUUUAAUAAUCUAUCUUUGUUGAGACCAUUUUUCUGUGGAGAUUCAAAAGAUUACGAAAUAAGGUUAGAUAAAAGCGUAAAUGGAUCACUGAGAAGACCAGAUUUUAGUUGUAGAAUCGAUAAUGUUGCAAUAUUAAAUUCCGAAGUAAAGCCAUUGGGUUGCACAGAAUUACAAAAAGAUAAAGAUUUUGUUAAGGUACAUUUACGGUCUAAGAGCUCAAUAAAUCAGCUGUUAAAUAAAGGUGGUCCAAAUCAAUCAAUUCUUUUUUUAAACAUGGGUGAUGAUGUAAAUUCAUAUUUUAUGGAUUUACACUAUGAUGGUAUAUAUCGGUCAUGUCCUUUACUUGCCACUAAGUUAGUAACGGAAAGAACAUUAUUUCCAAUGUUGGUAUUGUCAAUUUAUCAUAUUGAUAAGAUAGAGCAACAAGUUCAGAGAAUUGCGAAUGAUUAUAUAGAUAGAAGGUCAAGUUAUUAUAUUCCUCCUGAACAAGUUAAAUACAUUAUUGAAGAACUAGGUUCAUCCGAAUUUAAAGAAUUAUUGAG